AUGAAGAGCCUCAUAAUCCUUCAAUUUCUCUACCUCACCACCCUAGGUGCGACCCAGGGAUUCCCCAAGUCCUACCGGCCCACCCGAAUCAACCCGCGCCAGACGCUCAAUGCGCGGCGGACAAACUCCAGCAGCAUAGAAGCGAGGGAUAUAUUCGAUUUCACCUCAAAGACUCUGGUAAAACGAGCGUGUCCGUCGGGGUAUACCAUAUGCAGAAGUAGCAUCAGCCCUCCUCGACUCUGGCCCCUAUGCACAAUUCAAAAGCUAAUAACCAGAUCUCCAGUCGACAGCUGCUGCCCCGCGCCCGCAGACAUGUGCUGCCUAGACGAAACAUGCAUCACCGAAGCCACGGACGAAUGCUGCGUCGGCGGCGGCGCCUGCCUCGACGGCAAGGAAUGCUGCAACGACAAGUGCAUGCCGCGCGGCGCCGAGUGCUGCUACUUGGGUGACGGAUACUGUGACGCUGGCGAGACGUGCUGUCCCGAUGACACGUGCGCCCCCGUCGGCGGCGAGUGCUGCUAUCUGGACGGGGGUGCGUGUGAUGCUGGAGAGCAGUGCUGUCCCGGCGGUGGUGGCUGUGCGCCGGCUGAUGCUGAGUGCUGUGCUUGGGAUGGAUAUUGUCCGGCCGGUUCGAAGUGUAGUUAUUGGAAUGGGAGGGAGGUCUGUUGUCCGCUCGAGGGGUGUUCGUCGGGCAUUGAUAUUGAUAUUGGGGACGACGAUGAUGAUGAUGAUGACGAGGAUGAAGAUGUUGAUGUUGAUAUCGAGGUCGCGACAUACACUCAGAUCAUCUACUGGUACUACUGGGUGUACUACUACAUAGAGAUCUGGAUCUCCGUCGAAGUCGACGUCGACGUCGACGUCGACAUGUCGCUGACUUCGUCCUCCGAGCGGACCUCUUCAACAGCCACCGUGUCGGCUUCAAACUCCCGAGAGGCGAGUUCCCAGUUUGAAGACAUCAGCACCAGCGUCAGUUCGGCCGCCGCCAGCAGUACCCCGGACCUCGAUACCAUCCCUACAAGCACGAGCACGAGCACGAUUGAUGGCCCUCUGACGGACAUUACUUCUUCGACGACAGAGAGGGACUCGAGCAGCACGUCCACAUCCACAUCCACAUCUACGACGUUCUCCGCGGAGUCUGCAGACCCAUCGGACACAGAAGACUCAGGCGAGGGUAUACAUGACGGACGGGCGCCGAGGAUUGCGAGUGGGAAGGGUUUGCUAUGUCCGGUGCUCGCGGCUGCCUGUUUCUGUCUCAUGAUAACGUUGUAG